GUUCGCUAUGCUGCUCGCACGAUUGCAUACUUCCUAUUGGACGCUUUGCCAGCCAAUGAGUGGCGUGAUCUCGUCAGCCAAUGGACACAAUAUUUGCCAAUUUCACCCAGUCAAUCAGGUGCCUGUCAGUUGAAGGUCAAUGGCACUACUAAUGGACCAGAGCUCAUCGAAACACCCCAACAAAAUUCGUCCAAAGCGGAAUCAGCGAAUUCGUCGAAGAUGCCACCAGCUCUGGAGUGUUGCGAACAUCCAAGCCUCUUAAGGAUAUCGGCCAAUUUGGCCAGUGGAGUGUUCGACACCUUCGCUUUUGGACCGAAGCGUAUCUUGUCGGGGGCAGCAAUGCAUCACUACCGUGUCGUGACAUGUGCAAUUCUAGCCCUGGCAGCCAUGGGAACGCGAAGCAGUUUGGACCAUCUACGGCCAGAGGUGGCAGCGCGCGACCUCUGUCCGGACCUCGUGUCGUCCGACCCCCCCGAAACCGAUAACCCCGACGUUUGUCGCUCGCAGCGAGGUCUUGCGUCGCCGCACUAUGGCACUUACACCACCGACACGAAUCUCGCGCCGCCUCCUGCCAAAUUGGCCGAAAACCAUCUCAACUUCGAGGACGAGGAGGUAGUAAGGAGGACGGCAACGUCUCUGGUGGCUAUUAUAGGCAAGACAUUAUUAUUGAUUGCUUUUGCUUUUUCGCGCACUGAUCACGAUUGCGUUGUGUACGAAGAUGCCAUUGGCCAGUUUUCACGUCUCAAUCUGAUUGGUGGAACCACAAAUCUUGUUAUCAAUGUCAUUCAAACAUCUAAGCACCAUAGGAGAAACAAUCUCACACUGUCUGAGCAAAUGAACACAGCUGAAGCGUCUUUCGCUGCAUCACAUCCACUAACAGUACCCUACGCGGCUUCUCCGGUUAGGCGCGCAGCGAUUGAUCUGCUGGGUCGCGGUUUCACCCUUUGGGAGCCCUACCUGGACACGGCUCAACUACUCACGUCUCUUCUCAGCCUGAUUGCCGAGGGCAGUCCAAACCAAUUCUCAGAGCUACAUCCCGAAGAAGUGCUUUCAGACGACGCUGACCUGGCCAGGAGUGCACGUCAGGCGUUGUGGCAACUCACCUACACGCGUCCACACCUCGUGGUGCUCAACCUCUCGCUCAUGCUGCGUCGUUUGGGCGCCAACGCGGUCUCUGCAAUGGUCUCGGCCGCCGCCGCCGCCGCUGCUGCCGCCCCCUCCGCCACCUCCACCACCAACGCGUCGUCGUCGUCGACGUCGCGCACUCUCCGCGUCGUCAUGUCCUCUCCGACGCUCGCCGCGCCCAUCUUCUCAGUGACCCACUCUGGUCUCCCCCAUGCCACUCCACCCACUGGAAGUUCAUCGCCGGUCCCGAAUGCUCCACACCCUCGCGCCAUCAGAAAGAAUUCCACCAGUCACGCUGCAAAUCCACCACAGCAGACCAACCACGGUCUCCUCCCAUUACUCGGCGCUCGCACCGAGGUUCUACGCUUGUAUGCCGACAUCUGUCAACGCCGGCCAAACAAUCUACUACCGAUUCUGCCGGAAUUUGUUGAGGUCAUCCUAGCCUGCGUGGAUCGGACACAGCUGAAGGAGCGUGGUCUCAAUACGGCGUUUCCGCUACUGCAAAGGUUCAACUCCGUCGACAGUCACACUAGGGCUCAAAAGGUUUGCGUCGGUGGCACCAACGGAAUGCUAAUCUUCUUCGAUUUCAAGGCGGGACGGUACUGUUCCACGCGUGGUCAUCAAACACCAGUCACGGCGAUCUGCUUUAGCUCCGAUGGACGCCAGCUUGCCUCCUAUGCAAUCGACGAAAACACCCUCCGGACGUGGCAGCUUUCGACGGCCGGUCUCUUUGGAAUGGGUGGUCAACAAGUGCGGCCUCUCAGCAGUUAUCCCGUUCGUCCCUUGCAGCCGCCCUCCUCACAAAGACUCGACCCCACGAUGGUCUCUCUCACCUGGCCCGAGCCAGCAAACAUCGAAAUUCACCACAAGGGGGCCUUCCUGCGCUCCGUGCCCCUAUCCACAUAA